GGGUGGAGAGGGGCGGAGCGGCCACUGCUCCAACCACCGCCACCACCACCACAGUCGCAGCCGCCGCAGCCUCAGCCUCCAGGCAAGUAGCUCCGAGCGGCGGCUUCCUGGGCACCCCGACGCGGACGAGGGCGCCGCGCUCUGCCCGCUCCGCGCCCGAGCCAUGCCGGGCAGCCGCGCGUAAUCGCCGCGCCCGGGCCGCCGCCGACCCGACCCUGGGCACGGUCCCUCGCCUCAGCCGAGCUUUCCGUGCGCGCAACUCCCUCGGUCUCCCCCGGCCCCUCGCAACCAUGCCCCAGGCGACUGCGCUCGGCCCCCUUGUGCCACUGCUGCUGCCUCCCCUGCUGCUGCUGCUGCCGCUGCCCCGCGACGCCGGGGGGCUCGGGGAGGGUUCGGACGCCGCCUCGGACUACUCGGCGCUGGAAUUCGAGGAGGGCGCGGAGCAGCAGCUGGAGCAUUACCACGACCCGUGCAAAGCCGCUGUCUUUUGGGGAGACAUUGCCUUAGAUGAAGAGGACCUGAAGUUAUUUCACAUUGACAAGGCCCAGGACUGGGUCAAGCAGUCAGUGGAGGAAGCGGGGCACAGCACAGGGGGGCUUGGAGAGCAGCCAUCUGAGAGCUGGCCGAACACUGCAGCCACGAAUGCCAGCAGCGAAGAAGCUGGAAAGGAUGGCAAGGGGAAUGUCAUGCUUCCGCAGAGCCCUGGGACCUCGAGUGCCAGAGCUGAGACCUUCUCUCCCCGGGUUCGAAGAGCUACAACCUCAAGGACAGAGAGGAUAUGGCCUGGAGGGGUCAUCCCCUACGUCAUCGGAGGGAACUUCACUGGAAGCCAGAGGGCCAUUUUUAAGCAGGCCAUGAGACACUGGGAGAAGCACACCUGUGUGACCUUCAUAGAGAGGACCAACGAAGAAAGCUUUAUUAAGUUCAGUUACAGAACCUGUGGCUGUUGUUCCUAUGUUGGGCGCCGAGGAGGAGGCCCGCAGGAGAUAUCCAUUGGGAAAAACUGUGACAAGUUUGGCAUUGUGGUGCACGAGCUGGGCCACGUGGUUGGGUUCUGGCAUGAACAUGCCCGGCCAGACAGAGACCAGCAUGUCACCAUUAUCAGAGAAAACAUCCAGCCAGGUCAGGAGUAUAAUUUCUUAAAAAUGGAAGCUGGGGAAGUGAGCUCUCUGGGAGAGACGUACGACUUUGACAGCAUCAUGCACUACGCCCGGAACACCUUCUCAAGAGGAGUUUUCUUAGACACCAUCCUCCCGCGUCGAGACGACAAUGGCGUCAGGCCAACCAUUGGCCAGCGCGUGCGGCUCAGUCAGGGAGACAUAGCUCAAGCCAGGAAGCUGUACAAAUGCCCAGCGUGCGGGGAGACCCUGCAGGACACGACAGGAAACUUUUCCGCACCUGGUUUCCCAAAUGGCUACCCUUCCUAUUCCCACUGCAUCUGGAGGAUAUCGGUCACUCCGGGGGAAAAGAUCGUCUUAAACUUCACAUCCCUGGAUUUAUUUAAAAGCCGCCUGUGCUGGUACGACUACGUGGAGGUCCGGGAUGGUUAUUGGAGAAAAGCCCCCCUCUUAGGUAGGUUUUGUGGCGAUAAAGUCCCGGAGCCCCUCAUCUCCACAGACAGCCGGCUCUGGGUGGAGUUCCGGAGCAGCAGCAACAUCCUGGGCAAGGGUUUCUUCGCAGUGUAUGAAGCUACAUGUGGGGGAGACAUUAACAAAGACGCCGGGCAGAUUCAAUCUCCCAACUACCCCGAUGACUACAGACCUUCCAAGGAAUGUGUCUGGAGGAUUACGGUUUCGGAAGGGUUUCACGUGGGGCUUACCUUCCAAGCUUUUGAGAUCGAAAGGCACGACAGCUGUGCUUACGACUACCUGGAAAUCCGCGACGGCCCCACAGAGGACAGCAUCCUGAUUGGCCACUUCUGUGGCUAUGAGAAGCCGGAGGAUGUGAAAUCGAGCUCCAACAGAAUGUGGAUGAAGUUUGUGUCCGAUGGCUCUAUCAAUAAAGCGGGCUUUGCAGCCAAUUUUUUCAAGGAGGUAGAUGAGUGUUCCGGGCCAGAUCACGGCGGGUGUGAGCAGCGCUGUGUGAACACUCUGGGCAGCUACAAGUGCGUGUGUGAUCCUGGCUACGAGCUGGCAGCCGAUAAGAAGACAUGUGAAGUGGCCUGUGGCGGUUUCAUCACCAAGCUGAACGGAACCAUCACCAGUCCUGGGUGGCCGAAGGAGUACCCCACAAACAAAAACUGCGUCUGGCAGGUGGUGGCCCCCACCCAGUACCGGAUCUCCCUUCAGUUCGAAGUGUUUGAACUAGAGGGCAAUGACGUCUGUAAAUACGACUUCGUGGAGGUGCGCAGCGGCCUGUCCCCCGACGCCAGGCUGCACGGCAAGUUCUGCGGCUCCGAGACGCCCGAGGUCAUCACCUCGCAGAGCAACAACAUGCGCGUGGAGUUCAAGUCGGACAACACCGUUUCCAAACGCGGCUUCAGGGCCCACUUCUUCUCAGACAAGGACGAGUGCGCCAAGGACAACGGUGGCUGCCAGCACGAGUGCAUCAACACAUUCGGGAGCUACCUGUGCCGCUGCCGGAAUGGCUACCGGCUCCAUGAGAAUGGGCACGACUGUAAAGAGGCUGGCUGUGCGCACAAGAUCAGCAGUGCAGAGGGGACCCUGGCGAGCCCCAACUGGCCUGACAAAUACCCCAGCCGGAGGGAGUGUACCUGGACCAUCUCUUCAACCGCGGGCCACCGGGUGAAACUCAUGUUUAAUGAAUUUGAGAUGGAGCAGCACCAGGAAUGUGCCUAUGACCACCUGGAACUGUACGAUGGGCCCGACAGCCUGGCCCCCAUCCUCGGCCGUUUCUGCGGCAGCAAGAAGCCGGACCCCACGGUGGCCUCGGGCAGCAGCCUGUUUGUCAGGUUUCAUUCAGAUGCUUCAGUGCAGAGGAAAGGCUUCCAGGCCGUGCACAGCACAGAGUGUGGGGGCAGGCUGAAGGCUGAAGUGCAGACCAAGGAGCUCUAUUCCCACGCCCAGUUUGGGGACAACAACUACCCGAGCCAGGCCCAGUGUGACUGGGUGAUCGUGGCGGAGGACGGCUAUGGCGUGGAGUUGGUAUUCCGGACCUUUGAAGUGGAAGAGGAGGCCGACUGUGGCUACGACUACAUGGAGGCCUACGACGGCUAUGACAGCACGGCGCCCAGGCUUGGCCGCUUCUGUGGCUCGGGGCCAUUGGAAGAAAUCUACUCUGCAGGGGAUUCUCUGAUGAUUCGAUUUCACACGGACGACACCAUCAACAAGAAAGGUUUUCACGCCCAGUACACCAGCACCAAGUUCCAGGAUGCCCUGCACAUGAAGAAAUAA